AUGGAAGAAGAAUUCAACGGAUUUUUGCCACCAAGCGCAAACUCUCCCAUCCCCGACGGAAUGACAAUACUGCCAGGAACGCAGAAGGAUGACGACCCCCCCAAAGUCACGGACUAUCAAGUAGAACCAGUAAUAAAUGAAGAACAUUUUCAAAUGAACUUAGGGGGCGUGGUUCCAUCAAAUUGGACCAUGAACCAAAUUGCACACUACAUCAAAUUUGCUGGACCUGAAGAUAGCGUAUUUGCUGAAAAGGCCAAAGACUUGUUGCGCGAAAAGGGAUACAAUGUGUAA